UUAAGAAAAUUGUAAAAUCAAUCAAAUGAAGAAAAUUAACCAAUCUUAAUAUUCAUAAAUUCAAAGCCGAUAUUCUCCUUCCUCUCACAGGGUGUGUCAACAUGAAAACUACAAAACCAGCCGCAAUUAAAAAGACGCCGGUGGGAAGGAAACCUGCCGCUGUCAAAGCCGCUCCUGAUUCUGCCACCGAGGAAUCACCGGUUCCAAAAACCCCACCCAACGCCAAGCAGACACAAAAUAGCGACAUGACACCGUCGCCAAUUGCCGGUUCUGCAUCAAAACUUGAACAAUCAUCAGUUGAUGGAACAAAUAUAGAAACGGAUGUGAGUAUGGUAACACUGGAAACUACAAAACCUCUUCCGAUUAAAAAGAAGGUUGUGAGGAGAGUGGUGAAGGUAGUGAAGAAAACCCCUGCUAAUGCAAAAGCUCUUUUGGAGCAAACCCCGACAACUGUGGUUGCUGCGAAGUCUAAGGUUGAAGAAAGGGAAAAGGAGGAGGAACUUGCUGCUGAUAAUGUUGGAGAAUCUAUAAAGAAGAAAGGAGUUGCAAUGGGAGUGGAAGAAUCUAAGGUUGAAAGUGUUGCUGUUUCUGUAAAGGAGGAGGAAAGUGUGGAAGAACCUGUGGUCGAUUCUAGGAAGGAGGUUGAAGCGGUUAAUGAUAGGGUUGGGGAGUCUGUUAAAAGGGAACGAACUGUGGUGGAUAUUCCUGCUGAUGAGGUUGUGGAAGUAUCUAAGAAUGAAGAACCUAACAGAGUGGGGAAGGGGGUUAAUGAGGGUGAGAAGAAAGACGUGGACGAUGAAGUGGAGGCCAGAAAUGAGGCUGUUAUGAUGGAAGGAAGUAUGGAGGAACAAGUUCGAAGAGAAGAGACUCAACAUGAGCAAGAUGAGUAUGGUGGUGAUGACGGGUAUGAGGAGUAUGGAGAUAGAGUGGACUUUGAAGAUCCUGUUGAGGAUGACUUUGAAGAUCCAGAUGAGCCUGUUGAAGAAGCUGAUGCAAUGGAAGAGGAACGCAGGGAACUAACAGCUGUUGCAAAGGAGCGUAAGAUUAAGAAAGAAUAUGAGAUAUUUGUUGGUGGAUUGGAUAGGGAUGCUACAGAGGAGGAUUUGAGAAAGGUUUUUGAGAAGAUUGGUGAAGUAGUUGAAGUUCGAUUGCACAAAAAUCUUUCAACAAAUAGGAAUAAGGGAUAUGCAUUUGUGAAAUUUGCAAACAAGGGGCAUGUUAAACGCGCUUUGUCUGAAAUGAAAAACCCUGUGAUUCGUGGAAAGCGAUGUGGGACAGCACCAAGCGAGGACAAUGAUACAUUGUUCUUGGGCAAUAUAUGCAACACAUGGACAAAGGAAGCUAUAAGACAAAAGUUGAAGGAUUAUGGCGUUGAAGGUGUUGAGAACAUCACUGUUGUACCCGAUGCUCAACAUGAAGGGAGAAGUCGUGGUUUUGCAUUUCUUGAGUUUGCUUGUCAUACUGAUGCAAUGCUUGCUUACAAGCGGCUUCAGAAGCCUGAUGUUGUAUUUGGUCAUCCAGAGAGAACUGCCAAAGUGGCAUUUUCUGAACCUAUACGUGAGCCUGACCCUGAAAUUAUGGCCCAGGUGAAGACUAUAUUUCUUGAUGGCCUUCCUCCUCACUGGGAUGAAGAUCAUGUUAGGGAGUGCGUGAAAGGUUAUGGGGAGAUUGUACGAAUUGUCCUGGCACGGAAUAUGUCAACUGCCAAGAGAAAGGAUUUUGGAUUCGUCGACUUCUCUACGCAUGAAGCUGCGGUUGCUUGUAUUGAAGGAAUAAAUAAUAGAGAAUUUGGCAAUGGUAACACAAAGAUGAGAGUUAAAGCGAGGCUGUCAAAUCCAUUGCCAAAAACUCAGGCUGUGAAGGGUGGAAUGUGUGGUGGCUUUCGAAUUGGUCAUUCUGGAAGUGGAAAUUAUUUAAGAUUUGGAAGGGGUUUUGGGCGGGGCGGGCAUCAUUCAAACUGGGCAAAUUUUCAACGUGGUAGGGGUUUCUAUCAACGAGAACGUGGUCAAACUAGUAGAAUGGGUCCCCGUGAGUAUGACUAUAAUGAUCGAUAUGACAUGCUUCCUGGGAGGCAAGGAGGAAGAAGGGGUUCUUUCAGAGGAGGUUAUCAAACAGCUAGUAGAGGUAUGGCUGCUGGGCCAUCAAGAUCUAAUAUCAAUCGAGCUUGGCACGAGACCCCUGAGCGAGGACAUAGGGGCUAUGUUUCUUCAAGGAGGCAACCAUUUUCUCCUGAAGAAUCCUUUGACAGACGUUUCAAUGGAAGGCACUUUGAUGAACCCUAUUUUUAUGAUGAUGGUUCACAUGGGAUGAAACGAUCAUUUUAUAUGACUGACCAAGAUCCUGAUUACAUGGAACCCAGUAGGCUCCGACCCCGGUUAGAUUUCGCUGAUCCCCGAGUAGAUUAUGCUGAUCCGGCAGCUUCAUUUCGUGGGACACAUUAUCGUGAUACCUAUGGAGCAGGCAGUGAUCCCUACUUUCAUGAAUAUCGUGGUUCUGAUUACGAUCCAUAUCCACCUUAUUAUGGGAGGGACCACUCAUAUGGAGGUGGUUACCAGUAUUAGGCACAAGCAAAUCUGGUGGGCUUGGAAAAGCAGGAUGCUAAUCAUUGGUGAUAGGCAAAUGGCUUGCUGUUCUGAAACUAGUUGAAGCUGCCUUUCAUUUAUCUUUUUGAUGUCUUGUAUUUUUCCUCGUGAUUCCCUUACUCCAAUAUUCUCUCCCUAUGAAAUUUUGGGUGCAGUGUCCAGAGAGUUUGUGUCUAGUUUAGGGUAUGUCUUCAAAGGACAUAGAUUAAGCAAGUGAAUUCUCUCUAUAUUUUGGAGAUUGGAAUAGGCAUUUUCCCCUUUGAUCUAGGUAUGAACUACUUGAGGACUUACAUCAUGGAUUGCAUUAUGGAUUAUUCUAAAGUAAAGUUUUUGGUUAUGUGUUUAUGUUCCUGAAUCAUGGAUUGAAUAUUGAUGUUGAUGGAAGCCAAAACAUAACAGAUUGGUGACAAUGGUUUAUGGAAGUGCAAAGAUUCAAGUCAAAGUUUUUCUUAUAGUCAUGGAGGUGAAGUUAAUACUGAGCAUACUGGUUCUGGCUUUGUGGAGAUUCCUUGAAAAUUUUGCAAGAGAAACGGAAGGUUUAGACCUUCUAUGCCCAAAGAAUGGGAAUUAUAAAUCCGAAAUGCACCAUCUUGUGCGAGUUUAUUUUGAAUUGGAUGGAUUUUCACUCUAUUAAAAUUAAUGGUUACUUUAGUAUGCAUAUGACUGGACCACCUGGAUAUGUUUUGGCUGGUCAUUCAAAAUUUAUGCACCUAUUGCUAAAGCACAACUGUUGGGAAUUGCAUUUUAUUUGAUGGUGCAUUGCCCCCAGAUGAAAUUGAGAUUUUGAACACCUUUCAUUUAUUUCUCAUGAGGAGAACUAGCAAUUGGCUUGGUCCAUAACAUAUUUUGAUUCUUCAGUAGCAUUAGUUUUUAUGUACUUUGAGAGUGAUCUUUAUGGCAUCAUUACAUAACAGAAUCAUUUGGCUUGGGUUGAGAUUGAAACUGACAGAUUUUGUGGUGAGAGUGAGAUGGAUCUGUCUUUCUAGGUGAAUUGAUUCUUAGGUAAAAAUGGUCUCUUAUUCUGAUUUUUACUUUGUAAUAGCAUUGGAUUGAUGGAGAAAUGACAUUGGUGUGCCUGCAAGGAAAAUAUAUGUAUGCCCUUUAAACUUCAGUAGUUGAAUUGCUUUUCAAAGCUUUCAAGCAUUUUUCGAUGGUGGUAAUGGCCUACAGUUCACUGUAUCAUAAGGAUACAUGGCAUAGAAUCCUAAAAAUUGUGGUUUUAAAGGUAAAAGGUUCUCAUAUAGUACUCAAUCACAUUUUAGCCUAUGCUACAGUUGAUUUAUAUCCCUGAUAAUCUAAAUAUUUGUCGUUUGUUUAUGCUCCUCCAUGUACUUGGAAGGUGGUAGAUGUCAAUUGCAACGUGGUGUCCUGACUUGAAACAUUGAUCAAGUCUCGAAUCUCCUGUUGGGGCAUUGUGAUAGUGAUGAGGUUGAUUGCACAUGUUGAGAGUAUACUACCUUUUAGCUACUUUUUCGUCAAAUUGCAGGACAUAAUAUUUUGAAUCAUACAGAUCGCCUAGAUUUUAGUGGGGUUGUGGGGUUGAUUUAGGUUUGUUAUCAAUUGAUUUGCUGCAGAGAACCAUGUUAUAAUUUGUGUUUACCUUGGAAUUUCCUUUACUUGAAACAAAAAUAUUAAGUAUUUCCUCAAUGAUAUUUUCCUUUUUUGCCUCAAAUUGUUCUUGUCGGGGGAUCUGUAAAUCAUUCUUUUGUAUGAUAAAUAAAUACUUGAUGGUCGCAUGGUGGUUAGGAUUUUGGAUUUCUAUGCAAGAAGAUAAGGUGCUCCAUGCUAUAAAAUGAAUCCAUUUUUAAAAACUCUACCUGCAGUAGACACAGUGGUUCUACCAAACAAUGGCAGUAGCUUUUUAUUUUAGUUGUGUAGGUAUGUUAAUGACUGGUUAAAUUUUGCAUAUUUAAUUCUUCUUCUCGGUGCAUGGUGUUUUCUUGUUGGUCAACAAUACUUCUAGUCGAUACAUUGCAAGCAAUCAUAAUGAGGGGGACUUGGAGCUCAUAAAGAUGAAUGCAGUUAGGGCCCAAUUAAUCUGUUGAACCAUGAGUGACAUAAUCAGGUUUCUAUACAUGAGAUUUAAAGUGUUUGUCAAAUGUAGUGAUAAGCAUCCACCAUAUUAGUGGUUGGAAUCUCUUAUCUAGUAUGUGUAUUUUUGAAUAAUUCGUUAGAUCUGUAGUGUACCUUGGAGAUUGUUUUGACAUUGUGAUACGGCUUUUAAAUCUGCAUUUGUACCUUGGAGAUUGUUUUGACCUCAUGACAGUUUAUAAUCUUUAAUUGAUUCUGGCAUGCUGUUCUAGGAGCAGUAAAUGUUUUCUUGUUAAUAAUAAUCUACAAACGCUUUGUUUAGGGACUAGGGAGCAUUUUAGAAUACUGCGUAGGUGCUUUCCAAAGUGGUUUUUGGGUACACUAGCGUGUCGGAGUUUUGUUGCUGAAUUUAUGUAUCCUCACGGUUGUGUGCCUUUUUGUUUGUCCCAGCUCCUCCUUUCUCUUCCCUCGUAUUUCCUGAGUUCUCUCUUUCCAUUUCUAGAUAAUCAAUUUUUUUUUCUCAUUUAUGUAUAUUUGAGUUGAGGAUAUUUUAUCACUGCAGUGAACAUUAAUUUGAGCAUUGAUACAUCCUUAAUAUGUUUUUCUAUUAUCUGUUUCUCAUAAUGUAUCUUCAAACUGGAUGCUUUGUAUCGCUUCCAGUCACUGUUGCAUCAUUGUGCUCCGAAAAGGUGAGAGACUGGGUUCCCCCCCCAGCUUCAAGGGCUGGCGUGUGCCCCAGGUAAAUGGAGUUUUUGCAACAUUUCAAGUGUUGGCCAUGUGCCCCCAGGUCAGAGGAUGUGUUUCCCUCAUCUUAGCUGGGAAAUUUGUGGGUUCUUUUUGGUUCCUGGGUUAUUGUAAUACACAGGGUUCUGUCAUUCUGGUUUUACAUGUGAACGAACCGAACAAGACUCUUGAUCUGUUUGAAUCACCAUGGAUUGAUGCUGUUUCGAUCAACUAUCUGAACAGUAACCAUCUUAGUUUGGGUUAUGAAAUUUUGUGAUUUGAUGUGU